CUUCAGUUAUUUGCUUGAAAUGAAUAGUGGUGGAACAAGGAAGAGUGCAAAUACUGAGAGGUGUCCACCAUUAACUGGAAGAGAUUCUGAUGGCUUGGAAGUGAACCGAAUAUCCAACAAUUAAAAGGAAAGAAGUGUUCAUACUUUCAGGGUGUCACUUUAUGGAAGUGUCCAACUACAUAAGUUUUACUGCAUCCAUGUAAUGAAAUACAUUUAGCAUUAAUGUUAACAUGAUUAUAUAGAAUAAACUCAAAACAAAAUUAACAAUUGGCCAUUGAUUUGUAAAUCAAAAUAAGACUGAACAAUUUAAGGAAUGUUAAAAAGAAUAAUGGUUAUAUUAUUCUAAUAUUAUUCAGAGGUUGAUCUAAAAUGAAGCAGAACAAAACAUUUUCUCUCUGGCUUCUAAUAGUUAUAAAUGCGCAGAUGAUUCUCAUGGUAUUGUUGCUGUCUAAAUCAGAAAUGUUAAGUUACAAUUCAGUUAGGAAACACAAGAUAAACAAACAGGAUACAGUGGCACAUACUUCAAGAAAAAUGGUUAAUAACUCUCAAUAUAUUUCAAUUUCUAAAAAAGAUGACAAGAAGAUGUUUAUUCCAAGGGUUCUAUGUUUUGUUAUGACAAGCCCAACUGAUCUCGACAAAAGGACUAUACAUGUAAGAAAUACAUGGGCAAAACAUUGUGACAUAGCCCUAUACAUGAGCUCUAAGGAAGAUAAAAUAUUUCCAACUAUUGGACUAGAUGUGCCAGAAGGAAGAAGUCACAUUGCUUUAAAAUCAAAAGCUGCUUGGACAUACAUAAAUGAACAUUAUGCAAAUAAAGCUGAUUACUUUGUAAAGUGUGACCCAGAUAGCUUUUUAAUCAUAGAAAAUCUGAAACGAUUUUUACAAAAUUAUGAUCCUGAAGAACCACAGUUCUUUGGUCACCUCUUUGUGAAACCCUAUCUUGAAGAGAUAUCAAGUGACAAGCCAUUCAUGGCAGGUGGUCCAGGAGUAGUGAUUAGCAGAGCAUCUCUACGUAGACUUGUAAAAGUGGCCCAUUCUGAAGAUCUUGCAUGUUUCCCAGAUGGAAGAAAUGAAGAUCUGAAGAGUAGCUGGUGCAUGCAGUUGGCAGGAUGUACACCAGUCAACAGUACAGAUGAGCAGGGCAGAGAGAGGUUUAUGGUAUUUCCUCCACAUGUUUACAUCAGGGGGAACCUACCACGUUGGUACACAAAAAGACUGGACCCUGAGAGAGGGAGAAGCCAGGGUUCCAAUUGUUGCAGCGAUUAUCCAAUAGGUUUCCACUAUAUCGAUACUGCUAUGAUGUAUGAUAUGUAUUACUUCUUCUAUACAAUGAAAAUAGACAAACAGUUUUUAUGAGCAUAAAAACAUGAUGCUAACUGGGGUUAUUAAGUUAUUUAUUCACUUAUUUAUAUAAAUUUGUAUAGAAGGGGGCUAAAUAUUGCAAAGGAACAUACAAAAUGGUUAAUUGCCAAGAUUUUAUGUUAUAAGUGAUUAAUCUAUUGCGAAAGAAAUGUAUUUAGAAAUCAA